AUGAACAGCUUCGACCUCGAGAAGUACAGCAAGCACAACGAGCCAGUAAGUAGUGAAAACUUCUCCCCAAAUUUUCAGUCCGCUUACUACUCCGCCAAAAGUACGUCCGGAAAACCCAGCGCUAAUCACUCGAACAUAAUAAUUAAUCAGGAGUUAGUCAAUGCCCUGUCGGUCGAAGAGCUCUUUGACGUCCUUAACAAGCACAGUGAAAAAGCCAAAACGGACGCAGAAAAAAGAAAGGUUUUUAAUGAGGUCAACAUUGUGACGGCUUAUCACCGUAUAGCCAAACAUGUGAAGAAUAAAAAUUACUGCUGGAGGGGAGAAGGCAGGGGGAGACAGGGGGGGACAGCAAGCAGCGACUUCGACCCGGUGACCUUCAGCCUCUUCGAGACCAGCAUCUACGCACUGAUGAAGCAAACCCUACUCACCAACGCGCCCGUAAUCCCAAAGCACGUGGCGAACAUCGCAUGGGCGUCAGCCAUCCUAUCCAACCGAGAAGUAGACAUAUGGAAAAAUAUAAAAAAAAGAUUUUUCGAGAAUAUCAACAAUUUCAAGGCACAAGAAAUUUCUAUCAUCCUUUGGUCCUUCAGCGCAAUCAAGUUCGAACUCAUUACCACCAAGGAGGAGUUUAUCUCUGUGCAUAACUGCUUGUCAAAAUAUUUAAAAGAACGCAAAUUUAAGGCCCAAGAAUUUAGCAACGUCAUUUGGGCCAUCGCAACAUCCAGCUGUUGUAACUACGAUCUGUUAAUAAGCCUGUACAAUUAUGGCCUGGAUAUUUUUGAUUCUCUUCUACUGAAGGAUGUAGCUACCAUUUUGUAUAGUCUCUCUAUUUUUGCAGCUGACUCUGCUAAUAAGGAUAUUCUCCAUGUCAUUAGGGAGAACCAUCUGACAAAAUUUGGCCUAGAGGAAGACUACCUAACGAUUAGUAAACUUAACCCGGAUCCCACAAAUGGGUCGAAAAAUACAUUCGGAAAAAAUUUGACCUAUUUUGAACGAACCGGUGGGGACUCACAUGGGGACUCUCAUGCGGACUCACACGGGGACUCACAUGCGGACUCACACGGGGACUCACAUGCGGACUCCCAUGCGGACUCUCACGCGGACAUCACCAUUAACAGUUUAGUGACGGAGAACACAGCUAGCGAUAAAAAGUACGCGGCCUUUCUCCUGUUUGAAAAUUUUUUGUUAUACUCGCUGGAGAGGAUUGCCAAGGAGAAGGACAAAAUGACUAUGCGGACAUGGUCCAGCAUUUUUUGGCCCUGCGCGAAUGUCGGCUUGGGUCUCUACAGGGACGUCCCCGCGCAGCACAGGUUGCGCUACUACCGGUGUGGCGUUCAGGGAAGUGGCGUUCAGGGAAGUGGCGACCAGGGAAGUGGCGACCAGGGAAGUGGCGACCAGGGAAGUGGCGUUCAGGGAAGUGGCGACCAGGGGAACGCCCUUUACGGGAACGGGGAGGCAAACUCGGACCCCCGAACGGAUGACCCCGAGGAAGCCGCUCCGCCCCCCAACUGCAAGCCGUAUGUCCACAUCAUCGACGGGGAGUAUGUGUUCCCCCUGAUGGAGGAGGACCCGCACCAGGAGGUAUUAUGCCCCCAGUUGAACCAGAAAGAAAUGGCAGACCUUGGAAUAGGCGUCCCUCUAGACAUAUACAACAGGAAGGAGAACAAAGUGAGUCAUUCCCCCUCACAUAACACUCACGUGAAAACAUGGGAUGGUAAUCAUUUCGAGGAGACGAACCGUCAAGCAGUGGAGAGAAGUGACACUAUGGAAGUGAACGGAUUGGAGGAAACGUACAAUGGGCAUCAGUCUAGUGAUACGAAUAACAAUCUCCAUAGGGAGGAUCCAAACGAAACACAACACGUUGACUUACCAAUCAGCGAAAUGAACAAACCGGUUUGGAACUCCCCCCUUGGAGGUAGCACACCAACCAGUGUAGGGGAAAAGAGCCCAGAAGAGGAACCACACCAACAGAGAAGUAACCCCAUGGGGGGACAAAUAGACGAGCACAAAUAUGCAGACUUUAUGAAUCACCUAAGUGAAAAAAAAGAAGAAAAAAAAGAAGAAAAAGAAGAAGAAAAAAAAGAAAGAAAAAAAAGAAAGAAAAAAAAAAAGAAGAAAAAGAAAAAAAAAAGAAGAAGAAGAAGAAAGUUUAUAUAA